AUGUCCCUAGGGAAACUUGUUCAAAUUGCUUAUUUGGACAUAUCAGGUCAGUUUCCAUGUUGGGUAGCCAACUUGACACAACUUGUUUGUUUAAACAUUGGGUUAAAUGAAUUGACUGGUCCGAUUGCAGCCAACUUAAGAGGGUUUUCAAACUUAAGAUAUCUUUGCUCAGCUUAUAACAGCAAUACUGGGACGCUGCCGAUUUGGCUGUAUAAUCUUCCAUCAUUGAAGUACUUAUCACUUGCUUCUAAUGAAUUCACAGGUCAAAUCUAUGAAUUCCAAAGUAAGUCAUUGAAUCAUAUUAAUUGGCGUCGUAACAAGCUACAGGGCCCCAUUCCACCAUUUUCGACGAUCAUCAAUCUUUUCCUCUCAAUCAAUACAUUCACUGGAGAAAUCCCUUCGACAAUUUGCAAUGUAAGUUUCCUUGAGAUACUUGAUUUUUCUCAUAAUAGCUUGAGUGGUGUAAUUCCACAAUGUUUAGCAAACUUCAGCAAUGUACUGAGUGUGUUAGAUCUUAGGAUGAAUAAUUUUCACAGAAACAUUCCAUCCACAUUUACUGAGGGAAAAAAGUUGAGGAAUAUUGAUUUAAAUGACAAUCAAUUGGAAGGUAGGGUGCCACGAUCCUUGGCAACAUGUAGACACUUGGAGGUUCUAGACAUCGGAAACAACAAGAUAAACGACACAUUCCCCUACUGGUUGGAAUUUCUUCCAGAGUUGCAAGUCCCAGUCUUUAAAUCUAAUAAAUUCCAUGGUCCUGUGGACUCUUCUGUUGACUCCAGCCCACAUGGAAUAGUUGGAGGGGUUAAACCAGAAGAAGUGAAGGAUGAAUACUGGAUAAAGAUGAACCGGAAGAUUUCAAAGACCGCCCGAAACAGAGCCUUGGUAAUGAGAAGGCUUGUGAAUCUGAAGUUGAGGAAUGGUGUGUCUAUCGCCAAGCACACCAGUGAAUUCAAGAAUCUGGUGAAUCAGCUUGCAACCGUCAAGAUGCCCCUGGAUGAUGAAAUGCAAGCCGUACUACUACUCAGUUCUUUACCGGAUAACUGGGAAACGUUGGUGUUUUCUCUCAACAACACUGCACCAGAGGGGAAGCUGACCAUGAGCAUGCUCACAGACGCCAUGUACAAUGAAGAGACAAGAAGGAAAGACGAGGGUCACAUAAAGAGGAACUACCCAAGUCGGAAAGAUAAAGGCCAAAGCAAUAAGUCAAAGGGAGAUGAGAACACGACAGCCACAACAACUGAUAAAAUACUUCUUGCAGUUGGUGAAAAGGAGGAUUGCCUUCACAUAGCUAACCACAGUUGUAUAGAGUGGGUGAUAGACACAGCUACAUCCUAUCAUGUCACUUCUCACAGAGACCUCUUUAGCUCAUACAACGCUGGAGAUUUUGGCAAUGUUCGAAUGAGGAAUUCUAGCUAUUCGAAGAUUGUGAGUAUUGGAGACAUUAGUAUUCAGACUAAUGCCGAACACAAGUUGGUUCUCAAAGAUGUAAGGCAUGUUCCAGAUUUGCACCUCAAUCUUUCUCCGGAAGCGCCCUGGACCGACAUGGCUAUGCAAGUACAUUCGGAAAUGGCCGUUGGAAGCUGA